AUGACUUUUCUGAACCGAACCAGUGGAAUUAUGUUCAUACUGAUAGUGAUCCUGCAGAUACUGCGACCAGAUCUUCGCUACAUAAUAACGUUCAAGAAAGAAACCAAGUGUGGACAUACGUCCUGGCAUAUUUGUGAGGUUAGUACCUCACCGGAGUUGAUUAAAGCCGCAGAGGCUCUUCUCAUAGGAGCUGUUCAGAAGAAGUUCUAUUCAGAGGAGAUUCGUGCGCUUGAAUGUGGGAAACAGGUUCCCAAUGACAGCACUAUACUCUCGUUGUCCCCUUAUUUGGAUGAAAAGGGACUACUUAGAGUAGGAGGCUGUAUGAACAAAUUGAGAAUCAAGGUUCAACUAGAGUCGGUCAACCUUAUAAUCAUAUCUAAGUGUCACAUCGCGAAGUUGCUCGUACGCCAUUUUCAUGGGCAAGUUUUUCACCAAGGACGACACUUUACAGAAGGUUCGUUGCGUUCCAACGGAUUUUGGCUUAUUGGAGCCAAGAGACUUGUGUCAUCUGUGAUAGGACAGUGUGUUGUAUGUCGGAAACUUCGGGGUAAAUUGAUGCAUCAAAAGAUGGCAGAUCUACCUGAAGAGAGGUUAACUCCUGGACCUCCAUUCACCACAGUUGGAGUUGACGUUUAUAGACCGUGGGAAGUUGUGACUCGCAAAACACGUGGAGGUGAAGCAAAUAGUAAGAGGUGGGCUGUUAUGUUUACAUGCAUGACUACUCGUGCAACACACAUUGAGGUAAUUGAGGACAUGAGUGCAUCGUGCUUCAUCAAUGCGCUCAGUCGUUUGAUUGUUAUCAGAGGACCUGUAAAGACUUUGUGGUCUGACAGAGGAACCAAUUUUGUAGGUGCUGCAUCGCUAAUCAAAGCACAUGUGAUUCAUAUUGAGAGUCCGCCCGUCCAGACUUGUCUGAAGAAUUUAGGGAUUGUGUGGCGCUUCAACUCUCCGCAUUCAUCCCAUAUGGGAGGAGUUUGGGAAAGACCCGUUGGGGUAGCUAGAAGAAUAUUGGAGAGUAUGCUGGCAAACUGUACCUUCAAGGAAUUCACCCAUGAAGUACUUUGUACUUUUAUGUAUGAGGUUGCUGCAGUAAUGAACUCAAAACCUUUGGUUGCUGUAGACAGCGAUGCUCAGGACCCACUUGUGCUCUCACCUAGUAUCCUCUUAACCCAGAAGCAAGGAUAUUCUUCGUCUGCGCUUGCUAAGGAUUUGAGCUUGAAGGAAAUGUAUACGGCCCAAUGGAAGCAAGUACAAAUUCUAUCGGACAUGUUUUGGAAACGUUGGAGAUCCCAGUUUCUACAAACGCUACAAACCAGGCGAAAGUGGCAAACGGAACAACGCAAUCUGCAAGGGAAUGACUUGGUCCUUCUGAAGGAUGUAAAUGUGGCAAGAUGCAAUUGGCCUGUUGGUGUCAUCUCUAGACUGUUUCCUAGCAGCGAUGGAAAGGUGCGAAAAUGUGAAGUUCGAGUUGGACACUGUGAUGGCGUGCCAUCAGUGUAUACGCGACCGGUUACGGACUUAGUGAUGUUAUUGUCAGAGGACAAGUGA